AUGUAUGUGCCUCGGCCUCAGCACGCGUGCGGCCGCGCGCCUCAAGAGCGUGCGCCGCCGCGGCGCUGCCCCACCCCCUCGAACGACUUUCACGCGUGCAAUUCGGGCGCUCGCGACUGGCUUGCGACCCCGGACUGCGAUGGCGGCGGCCUGCCUCAGUGCUCCUUUUGCUCAUCGUCAAACGCCACUGCAUACUUGAGAUGGAUUACAGACGUCCUGGCUCAGAAGUACGCCCAGCGGUGUCACUCGUUUGUCGGCUACUCGGCGUCCCUCUCAACCGGCUGGCUUCCGACAAAUCGUCCCCCCGUCAUUGAGGCCGGCUGCUUUUUUCGUUUCGUGCUCGCGCCGCCGCCGCCGUCUCCCGCCCCUCUGCUCACCGAAAACGAGGCGCAAGUGCAGGUUGCGCUCGAUGCAGCGCAGCUUCCCUUUGCUGGCCCGGCCAUGCGUCGCAAUGUAAAGAUCUUCAAGAUGUUGGGCGACCGCUUCUUCCCGUGGGCGCGAGUGCUGCUCUGGGCGGACGGCAAGCUGCAGCCAGGGCGCGUGCGCCCGUUCGACUUUCACCUGACGGCGAGGAAUGCGACAGGCGGCGCAUGCGCAACGUUUUUGCGGCUGCCGCCACAUCGAUACGCGUUUGGAAAGCGCGCCUCCCGGCUGCCACCGAGCAGCCUCACCCUCGCGCUGCAUGCCGACACUGUGAUCAAGUCCGCACGGUCGCGGAAGUCCGUGUCCGACUCGCUCUCCACGGUCCAUACUCAGCUGGCGGAGUAUCGCGCCGCGGUCCCGGAGAUCGAUGCGUUCUCAACGGCGGCACUCAUCGACAGCGCCUACUUUGUGCUUCACCGGCUGGGCCUGCGGGCGGCUGCUCUACCGCCUCCGCAGUCGCAGACCGCGUUUCGCUGGCUGCAGGCAUGGGCCACGAGUCUGCCAUGCGCGUGCGGAGCCGCGCGCGGAGCACGCGUCGCCAUCGCGCCGUCAGCGCAGUACCACUGGUACUACACGCACGCGCUGUCCGCACCCGGAGGGCCAGGAUCGCGAGUGCAGCCCCGUGCUCGCCGACAUGCCACGCUGACAACUCUCGCGGCGUCGUAA